GCGGCCAUGGCGCGGCGGUAGCCGAGGCGGCGGGCCACCGGACGAAUCAAGCGGCAGGCGACAGCACUCGACCGCGCAGGAGCGCCACCUGCAGCACGAACUGAAGCUUCCCGCAACCCGGGGCCGCCACCAUGAGCUGGCUACGGUGCGCGGCGCUCGCGGGCAUCCUGAUGAUCCCACUGGCCGUCGGUGACGUCUCCUUCAGCCCCUCGGAGGCCUUCGAGCAGCGCAUUCUGCAGGAGGUCGGAGCGCGGAUGGAGCAGUUCGGCCAGCAGUACAUCAGCCGGAUCGAGCAGCUGCAGGUCUCCUCGUCACGCACGCUGGCCCAGGUGGAGGAGAAGCUGGGCCAGCUCCAGGAGCGGGCGCGCGUCUGGGACACGUUCCAGUCGGUCAUCACGUCCUGGUCUGACCUGCUCAUCGGCACCGACCGCAAGAUGGACCUGCUUAAUGAGGGUAUUGAGCGGACUGCGGAGUUGUACGGCUCCAUCAGUCCGUACUCGGCCGUGGCCUACAAGGUGGACCAGCUGAAUGUCAAGCUGUCCCGCCUGUUGACUAAGAUACCGGAGACGGGCGGCUCGAUGGUCAACGACUUCGCCAUCAAGGGCGUCAUGGCCACGCUCCGCGAGCUCAAAACCCAAAUUGAGGGCAUGAAUCGCCGUCGCUUCGUGAUCAAGAAGGUUGUAAACACGGACAGUCCGCAGCUGGCGCAGCAGAACGCCGGCGCCGGUACCGCCGACAUCCAGUACCGCGACAUCCAGGACGAGCUGGAGGAGGCCAUCAGCAGCAACAACAUGCUCAACGCCAUCGAGAUCAAGCUGGACCGGAUCGAGGCCGUGGUGACGGAGCGAAAACCAUUCGCCGACGCCAGGGGCGCGCGGCGGAACGCUAGCGUGCCCGAGCGGCACGCGCCGCGGUUCCGGCCCGACCAGCCACUGCGCGAGCCGCGGCCGCGUCUGCAUGGUGAGCCGCGCGGCCGGCGAGGCGGCGGUGGGGCGGACGGCGCGCGCGGCGGCGGCGCCUCCUGCGAGAAGCUGCUCAAACAGUGGUCGCAGAUGGAGCUCAACUUUGACCAAUUCGACGCGGUGCGGGAGGCGGUGGGCCGCAUGGAGGACGUGCUCGACUACAAGACGUCCACGGUCGACGUCAAGCUGGACCGCCUCGAGGACUUGCUGUUCCGACAAGGGACCAAACUGGAUAAAGGCGAUGUCUCGGCGCGACAGAAUCAGGACACUUUGCUAACGCGACUGCAAGCCUUGAGCGAACAAACGGCGGCGUCUGACACGGCCACGCUGGCUACGGUCAACAACAGCACGGCGGGACUGGUCGUGGCGACCGCGGACACCCACUCCCGCCUCGAACGAGCCGAACGGCUCCUCAGAAACAUUUCGGACGUGACGACGGCGCUGCACGACCGCGCGGAGGAGGCCAAGACUGCAGCGGAGAACUCGUCGCGCGCGCUCCGGACAGUCGCUGAGACCAUCGAUAACAACACGGCCGUUCACUUUGGCCGGAUCUUCAGCGCAUUGGAGCUUCUGGCGAAGCUGCACGCGGCACCGGUCGAGCCGGCGCCGGGGGCGGGCCCCAAACCGUCGCCGCCGCCGGUGACGCAGCGGCCGCCGCCGCCGCCGGGCGCCGGCCAGCCGGGCCUGCGUGGGUGCGAGGACCUUGCCGAGCUGGGCAUGAGCAGUGACGUCCGCUACCGGUUCGGCGACGCGUUCGGCCCGCCCGUCGGCCUCGACUAUAUGGAGCGGUACUGCGACAUGCACACGGACGGCGGCGGCUGGACGAUUAUCCAAAGACGAGAUGAUUUUGGUACGCCGAAGCUAAACUUCAGCCAACCGUGGAAUGCCUACAAACAUGGCUUCGGAGACCUGGAUCGGGAAUUCUGGUUCGGGAAUGAAAACAUCCACAAACUGACGAGUGAGCAAGAUGUCACGCUGAGGGUAGACCUGGCGGACUUCGAGGGGAACACCGCUUACGCCGUAUACACAAAGUUCAUAGUUACAGGUGAAAAGGACGGAUAUCACCUGGAGGUGGCCGGCUAUCACGGCAACGCCUCCGACUCCUUGACGUCCCACAACCUCAGCCAGUUCUCCACCUGGGACGUGACGAACGACAAGGCUCCGCCCUGCUGUCCAUGCGCCAACGCCUACGGCGGGGGAUGGUGGUUCAACAGCUGUUUCGAGUCGAACCUGAACGGAGAGUACCACACGGACCCACGCGACAACGAUCACUAUCACGGUAUCAUCUGGGAGCUGUGGAAGGGCGAUUACUCGCUCAAAUCCUCCGAGAUGAAGGUGCGAGCACGAGGGUACGUCCGCGACCCUGGUCGAGUUCCCACGACCGCUACGUCUUCCGAGGUCACAGCGCCGGCGGCAGUGACGGCGUCGACAGUAGCUCCCGGCGCCAGCGACGGCAGCGCGACCGCAACCACUGCGACGACAACUGUCGGCUCCACCUCGCCGAGCAGCUCCUCGACGGUAGAGCCGGCCGUCACUGUCGAGUCGACGACAGAGCAGGCCAGCACGACCCCCGACGACCUCGGCGUGGAGCCGCUGAACGCGUGAUGGGAUGUGAGCACGUGACUCCGCAUGACAAGGCGGGCAUGCGCGACCGAACAUAUGGCGGCCGUGGAACACUUGAGUUCGAGUGCUAGUCGCUGGCAACGGACGCGCCCUUGAUUGUACUUGCCGUGAAGCCAUUGCCGAUGUGGUGUGCUGCCGGCUUACGCCUGUGCACUGACGCCAUUCACCAUGCAAUACCCUGUAUGUUGCCAGGGCACACAUAAGCGAUACGUAGUUAGAUUGCUGUCUUCCUUUGUCGUUGUGUUUUGAGCCAGUCAACUCUGAUGAACGCAUGCUCUAUUUUGCAAUGCAUUCUAACUGCAAAUGUGCGUAAGAAUGCACGCUUAAUGAUUGCACGCCCAGGGACAUAACUGUGGCCAGUUACGACAUGGUUUAGAUGUGUAUGAAUAAAGCCCAG